AUGCCAUCCCACCGGGCUGCGCCGCUGCUGCUGCUGGCCUGCAGCCUGCUGCUGCUCGCUGCGCCCCACGCCACCGCCGGCCCCUCGCAGCCCAGCUACCCUGGGGACGAUGCUCCUGUGGAGGACCUCAUCCGCUUCUACAACGACCUGCAGCAGUACCUCAACGUGGUCACACGGCACCGGUACGGCCGGCGGUCCAGCAGCCAGGCGCUGUGUGAGGAGCCCAUGGGUGCUGCUGGGUGCUGA